UGCUGUUAUUGUUGUUGUUGCUGCUGCUGCUGCUGCACUCCAUUGGCUCCCACCGCACUGUAAAUCCGCGUCUGCCUCGCGCGGCUCCUCACGCCUCCACUGUACCGGGCGGCGCUUCGAGCAACUUUUAGUUUUUGUUCAUUUCCCACGGCAAAACAACAACAACGACACAGAUUGCGUUGUUGUUGUUUUUCUUCUUCUUCUGCAAGGUGGUGGUGUUGUUGUAGUAGUUGUUGUAAACGCGACUGAUGGACGUCGAUACGUCUGGAGGCGUCUCCACAGCGGCCGUGGAUGCAGAGGAGGCGACCUCGAACACCUGCUGCCAUCAUCAAUAGCUUCCUCCUCCUCCCCCCCUUCCACCGAGGAUCUCGCCUCUCCGAGCCGGUGUGGACAGCAAGAGCCGUGAGCGAGGGGGACCGUUCUCCGGAUCCCUCGCCUCCGAAAUUCCACUGCCGGAAACUUCGGCCUGCUCCUAUCGACAAGAUCGCAUCGGCACUCCAUGCUCCAACACCUCCAACGCCGCCACCCUCAUUCAAACGUGGUUCCGUGGGAAAGCGAAUUCCUCCACCUCCGCUGCUACUGACUCUCCACUGAAGAGGCGAGGAUGCCCAGGAGGCGCGUGUUGACGUUGGUCGUGAUUGCCGCCGCCCUCUUGUUUUACUUCUUCAAGUUCCUGCACGUGCGCCUGCACGUCGGCGGUGCCCGGGCGCUGGGCGUGGGCGGCCUCGGCGCGCCGCGCGCGCAGCCGCCGCUCAACGCGACGUGGUGGGGCGCCCCCGUCGUGUGGAGCGCCGGCGGCGGCGGCGCCGCCGUCUCGCGCGGGGACGACGACGACGACGUCGUCGCGUCCGUGGGCCUCGUCGCCUUCGCCGUGGGCGGCUACGUCGAGCACCUGAGCCACUUCCUGGAGUCGGCCGAGCGCUUCUUCAUGCGCGGCCACGCCAUCACCUACUACGUCCUCACCGACAACGCGCGGGCCGUGCCCGCCUUCGUGCCGGCCCCCGGGCGGCGCCUCAAGGCCCUGUUCGUGGCCGAGCGGCCCGAGGGGCGGCACCUGCGGCGCGCCCGCAUGUCGCUGCUGGCCGGCGUCGUGCAGGAGCUCGUCGCGGGCGAGGAGCGCUUCGUCUUCUGCGCCGACGUGGACCUGGUCUUCGUGGACGAGGUCGGGCCGGAGGUGCUCGGGAGCCUGGUGGCCACGCUGCACCCGGGGUUCUUCACGAAGCCGAGGAGGCUCUUCCCGUACGAGAGGAGGUCGGCCUCGGCGGCGCGCGUGGGCCGCCACGAGGGAGACUUCUACUUCACCUCCGAGCUGUUCGGCGGCCGCUGCAGGGACGUGUUCGCCUUGGCACAGGCGUGCGCGGCGAGCAUCGCUCACGACUCCCUGAGCGACCUGGACGCUCGGCACUUGGACGAGAGCCACCUCAACAAGUACCUUGUCCUCAACAAGCCGACCAAGAUCCUCUCCCCGGAAUACUGCUGGCCCAUCGGCAGGGAGAGGUCGUCGGAGAUGCCGAUGAAAAGGAUUCUCUCCCUGCGGAUAGAUUCUCCCCCCACCGUCUCCGCAAUUGACAUUGAUUGAUUGUUUUAUAGUCUCUCACCGCUUCACGCAAUAACGCAUGACCACUUGCGUCGCUGUUCACUUACGUUAGACGAAUGAAAAUAGCUUCGACUUUUGGCUGCUUUUGUAAGUGUACUUAUUUUAAUUGUGGCGAUUUGAGCGGCGUUCCCCACGUAUGGCUUUGCAGCUUUAAAGGGCGACUCUUUUUCAGUCGCCGUUAGCUGUCGACAAAACCCAAAUGUUAAAGCGGCGCGCUAAAGCGGUACGAGUUGAACCAGUACUUCUCACUCGAGCUGAAAUGUGCUCUCGAAAGUUACAUUUGCUUUUGCACGGCGGCGACUUUGACCGGGGUAAAGCCAGGUUUUGUAAAACAAUGGCACGGAAGGGGGAGCGCCUCUUGUUUGCGCUCCAAACAAUGCGUCUACCGCGUUAACCCCGAGCAGAGAUACAGCCCUCAGAAGUCUCUCUCGGGGGGUUUUAAAAUCGUGGGUUUUUUGCGUUAUCAUAGAAAGGUCAAAGAUAACACGCUUUGCUGCGCAAAUCCAAAUGUCUGGAGCAAUAAGCACAACAGCUGUGCCUUUUUAGCUAAGAAACAGAGGGGGGGGGGGGGUGCCCCAGUGGAGUGAAGCUUACUCGAGAACUGAGAUUAGAAUACUGAGGUCGCCGGGUUCAACUCCAUCUCCCGGCUCGGCGGUGAAAACCAAGGGGCGAGUUUCUUAAGUCCCCCCAUCUCCUCUGUCGCCCCAGCAGUAUAAGCGGUUUCUCCAAAGUCGAUCGGCAGCUUUCAUGUGGUGGGGUAAAGUGUGGGUACUCACACCUCUUUAAAAAAAUGUCUGAUCAGCGUGGAAGAGGAGACCCAACCCCCCGCCCCCAGAGCUCCCGUUCCGUCCCAACAGUGGCGUAAAGCGAGGAAUUGCGGGGCUGUGCCUUUAAAUGAGAGACGAGGGCAAACGUACCACGUGACCAGUGACGUGGGCGGCCGUGCCGUUUUUGUACGUUGGCGUGCGCACGGCGCCAGUCGGUGAAAUUCACAACUAAAACUCCACGGGAAACGGUUACCGGAGCUGGUAACCGAUAAUGAGAACGGUUACCGGUUCAGCGGUUGUCAUUUACCAGCCCUAGUCUCUUUCCGUUAUGAUCCUGAGAAAGAAAUAUUUACAAUAUAUAUUUGCAGCACGCUAUUGGAAUGCAAAUUUGUGGAAAUAUUAAAAAAAUGCAUUUAUGGCACAGCGUGAUCCAUGUAUAGAUACCCCACUGAUUCUCAACAGCUGAUUGAAUGCUGUGAAAGGAAAGUGAUGGCUCUCGCGUUGUACAUAGGAGAGCAUUGAUAGAUUUAAUAAGUCGUAUUGACAUCGACGGGAGGCGUGUAGAGGAUUUGAAAUAAAAUGUUGUUUUCCCUGUGCAGUAACUUAUCCCGGUCACGUUGGUGGGGUAUCUAUAAAUGGAUCGUCUUGUAUAAUCUCAUGAAUAUUUUUGUUCCGGUGUCAACCGACCUUCGUUUGCCUCCCCACAGACCUCACUCAGGCAUUCCAACUCAGGCCACCGGCCCUGUUUUUUUUUCCCAGGUCCGUUGUCUUGUUGAUGUAGUUUCCCAGGAAAAAUCUUUAACCUGGGUCUUAAUUUCUCACGCAUUAUAUUCCAGAAAGCUCUGCUAGGCUUGCUUGGAGUCGAGACUAUUGGCAUAAGGCAUUACAACUCGAGAACAAGGUACACCUAUCCAUAAUAAUCCUAUAUGACUGUACCCUAUAUUCCUAUAAUCCUUUGAACAGGUUUAUUAAAACUGACAUGAAAAUAUGGAAACAUGGAUGUGACAUGUCAUUUAAUUCCCAGAACGGUGUUGCGAACUUUUACAGUUGAAAUUAAUCAUAAGUCUUGCAGCGACAUGACAAGUGCUGGGUUUUUUUUAAUCAUUUGCAUGAUGAUGUAUGUACUGUAUAUAUAUUUUUUGCAUAAAAAUAUUUCACCUGGAAAAUCUCCCUUGAUGAUGAAACAUCU